CGCUGCGGCCGCCGUGCCAGAGUGACCGGUAGCGCGGUAGCCGAGGUGGCGGCACCGGGCGGGGCAGCUGGAGCGAGGAGGAAGGAGGUGGUGGUGCAGGAUGGCGACGGCCUAUGAGCAGCUGAAGCUGCAUAUCACACCUGAAAAAUUUUAUGUGGAAGCUUGUGAUGAUGGAACAGAUGAUGUACUUACCAUUGACCGUGUGUCCACAGAGGUUACCCUGUCAGUCAAGAAAGAUGUUCCUCCUUCAGCUGUCACGAGACCAAUAUUUGGUAUAUUGGGCACAAUCCAUCUGGUGGCAGGUAAUUAUCUUAUUGUCAUUACCAAAAAGACAAAAAUAGGUGAAUUUUUCAAUCAUGUAAUCUGGAAAGCAACAGAUUUUGAUGUCCUUUCUUAUAAGAAGACAAUGUUGCACUUAACUGAUAUUCAGUUACAAGAUAAUAAAACUUUCUUAGCAAUGAUAAACCAUGUCUUAAGCGUGGAUGGGUUUUACUUUUCAACGACAUAUGAUUUGACCCAUACUUUGCAGCGGCUAUCCAACACUAGUCCAGAAUUCCAAGAAAUGAGCCUCUUGGAACGAGCAGAUCAGCGGUUUGUAUGGAAUGGUCAUCUUCUAAGAGAACUUUCUGCUCAGCCAGAGGUCCAUCGGUUUGCUCUUCCAGUGUUACAUGGCUUUGUUACUAUGCAUUCAUGUUCUAUUAAUGGAAAAUACUUUGAUUGGAUUCUCAUCUCAAGGAGGAGUUGUUUCAGAGCUGGUGUGCGGUAUUAUGUAAGAGGAAUUGAUUCUGAAGGCCAUGCAGCUAACUUUGUAGAAACAGAACAAAUUGUGCACUACAACGGGAACAGGGCUUCAUUUGUACAGACUCGAGGAUCAAUACCAGUUUUCUGGUCCCAAAGACCAAACCUCAAGUACAAGCCACUGCCACUGAUCAACAAAGUAGCAAAUCAUAUGGAUGGUUUCCAAAGGCAUUUUGAUUCACAAGUAAUUAUUUAUGGAAAACAAAUCAUACUCAAUCUGGUUAACCAGAAAGGCUCGGAGAAGCCGCUUGAACAGGCAUUUGCAACAAUGGUGUCUUCUUUGGGAAGUGGAAUGAUCAGAUACAUUGCCUUUGACUUUCAUAAGGAAUGUAGAAAUCUGAGAUGGGAUCGACUAAGUAUUUUAUUGGAUCAGGUUGCAGAAAUGCAGGAUGAAUUAAGUUAUUUUCUAGUGGACUCUGCUGGCAAGGUGGUGGCAAACCAGGAAGGCGUGUUCCGCAGCAAUUGCGUGGAUUGUCUAGACAGAACCAAUGUGAUCCAGAGUUUGUUAGCUCGUCGUUCACUUCAGGCCCAGCUUCAGAGACUAGGAGUUUUGCAUGUGGGACAAAAGCUUGAAGAACAAGAUGAAUUUGAGAAGAUUUAUAAAAAUGCCUGGGCUGACAAUGCAAAUGCUUGUGCCAAACAGUAUGCGGGAACUGGCGCCUUGAAGACUGAUUUUACCAGAACCGGAAAGAGAACUCAGUUGGGACUUAUAAUGGAUGGCUGGAACUCACUUAAACGGUAUUACAAGAACAACUUUUCUGAUGGAUUUAGACAAGAUUCCAUAGACUUAUUUCUUGGAAACUAUUCAGUGGAUGAAUUAGAAUCUCAUAGUCCUUUAAGUGUUCCAAGAGAUUGGAAAUUCCUGGCUUUGCCUAUUAUCAUGGUUGUUGCAUUUUCAAUGUGCAUUAUCUGCUUGCUUAUGGCUGGUGACACAUGGACAGAAACACUGGCCUAUGUGCUCUUCUGGGGAGUUGCAAGUAUUGGAACAUUUCUUAUUAUCAUUUACAAUGGCAGAGAUUUUGUUGAUGCUCCCAGGUUGGUCCAGAAAGAAAAGAUAGACUGAAUUUGUGUCUGUGGAAAGCAGCUUGGCUUGGAAGAUUCCAUUAUGCAAAACUGGAGUCUUUACUGACCUGCUUUCCACAUCAGCCUGAGGUUUUAUUUAAAACCUUUAUCAAAAAGCACAUCUGUGCUCUUUGCAUUGGUGUGACUUAUAAUUGAUCUGAUGUUACUGCCUUGAUGAUCUCUUUAUUAUUGGGACGGUUACAUUUAUGAUUUGAAACUCUUCUAUAAUUAAAAUGUAACCUAGAUUCAGCUAACCAGAAUGGAUGGAAUCUGUUCAUUGUCGAUUUAAUCACUUGUUGCAGAAUAAGAAAUAUGUUAAAACUAUAGCUUCUUUCAUUGUUUAAAGCAGUAAAAUUAUUUUUCUAGCUGAGUUUCAUUCUUGUCAUUGUAGAAGCAGUUGCUUCUUAGCCAGCAUACUUUUCCACACUUCUCUGGGCUUUUCUUAAAACAUUUAAUAAUAAGCUAACUCUACUAUGUUUGUAAAAUGUAAGUCUUUCUCAUGCAUCAAGUGGUUUGAUGAAAGUCUGUGACUUCAUAAUAGAGAAGAGAAGAAUGGGCUCUGGUAUUCCUUGGAAGUUUUGGAUGAGCUGUCUAAUGAGUUCAGUCAGCUUGAACUUCUGCAAUUGGACCAGCAGUUUAAGUGUGAUGAAAAAGUUCAGAUAUAUUUUGUAUUUUUUAAAAGAUAUAAAUGAAAUCAAAGAAUGUAAAGUCUAUCUCUAAUGCUAAAUGUCCAAAGCAGCCUCUAUUUUAAGGAUUGCCCCAGUGUGGAAAAUAUCCUUGCCUGGGCAGCUACUUCCUCCUGUGCAUUUUGGUUGCUUUGGGGAUCACUUGUCCAGACAUGCAGGCCCAAGAGAGGGUCUUGUAGUAGAUUUGAUGUUAUGUUUGGAGGUAGCAGCUUCUUUUCACGCAAGGUACUGUUGAUACUUUUCACUCUCUAAAAGAUUUUUGUUGGCUAUCAAUGUGUGUUUCAAAUUUAGUGCUUCCAGGUAGUUAUAGUUCUCCUAAUCAAGGACCAACUUAAACUUUAUAUGUGCAAACAAACCUGAAAAAUAUGCUUUAGCAGCUGUGCAUAGUUCUAAUUAUAAGUGGGACUGUAUAUUCAAAUUGUAAUUAUGAGAUUUAAAUAUUAGAAAAGUAUGUAAGGUUGUAUAAUUGCCGCUAUUUUAAAACAAUUCAGUUAAACUCUGCUACAAUAUUUUGUUGUGCUUGAAAAUAUGUACAGUUUUUUCCAAUAGUAAUACCUUAUGUUGUCCUUAAAAUAUUUCUAAAAGCGCCUUUAUUUCAACAUCAUCUUUUUUUCAACAUUAUCUUUUAUAAACAUUAAUAAGAGUUGUUGCUUUUAGAAACUCUGAAGGAAAUAAUAGCUGGAAAAUUCUUUGUAGCUUAAAAUCAGUCAUUAAAACUCAGAAUAGGUAAGAAAAUAGAACUAUGUAUUCUUAAUAUGUAAAUAAGUAUAAUUUGUUCCAAAGAUACCUGGAAUAUUGAAACUUAGUUCAUGUCUAUUGUAAUAUAUUAGUCAUGGUACUGGGCAUUUCACAUUAAGAACUUAUUUCAACAACUACAACAAAAGACCAAAUCAGAACUGCUAAUGUGCCUGCUUUGCAGUGAAUGGACUCAUUGGUGUGUUAGAUCUUAGGAUAUCAAUAUUUCAGAACCCUGCAAUGAUUUUAUUUCUAAAUUCAUGUACCAUACAUCCAUAAGUGAAAAUAAAGUGUCAUAUUCUUUUCUAACUA